AUGGAAAUCAAUAUCCAUAAACCCAAGUCCCAACAAGACGAACUUGAUAAAAUAAAUAAGCAUAUAGAUGAAUUUGCUUCUGCUAUUACUAAAGCCCAAGUAGCGAUCAAGAUUGCCAUCAGAAAUCUUAAAAAGCACAAAAUGAAAAGCUCAGUUUUCAAUGGGCCCAGAAGCCCCUUGGCCAACAAUGAAGAGCCGCAAGAGCAAGGUGAAGGCAGCGAGGAGGAGGGGGAACAAGUGGUCCCCAUGAACAAGACGUCAGUCACCCGCCAGGCGGAUUUCGUUCAGACCCCAAUCGCUGGCAUUUCUGGCGGACACAUCAGGUCGGUGGUUUACCAGCAGAGUUCAAAAGAGUCUGCCACCCUGCAGCCAUUUUUCACGUUGCAGCUGGAUAUCCAGUCUGACAAGAUACGCACCGUACAGGACGCGCUGGAGAGCUUGGUGGCGAGAGAAUCUGUCCAGGGUUACGCCACCAAAACCAAGCAAGAGCUGGAGAUAAGCCGGCGGGUGACUCUGGAGAAGCUUCCUCCUGUCCUUGUGCUGCACCUCAAACACUUUGUGUACGAGGAGACUGGCGGCUGCCAGAAGCUGGACUACCCCAUGGACUUGGAGAUCAGCAAGGAGCUGCUUUCUCCAGGGGUUCAAAACAAGAAUUUUAAGUGCCAUAGGACCUACAGGCUCUUUGCAGUGGUCUGCCAUCACGGCAACAGUGCCACGGGCGGGCACUACACCACGGACGUCUUCCAGAUCGGGCUCAAUGGCUGGCUGCGCAUCGACGCCCACAUCUUCAAGGUAAUCCAGCAGUACCAGGUGGUGAGGCCUGCAGCCCGGCGCACCGCCUACCUCCUGAAUUACCGCCGCGUGGACCUGCUGUGA